AUGCCUUCAUUAUGUUCACUUCCACCCGAACUCAUCCGGGAGAUUCUCUCUUACCUACCACUGCAAAUCGUCGAGCAAGUUGCCUUGACGUUCACCCAUCCAAUCACAGAGAUAUCCAUACCUAUGAUACAAGGCCGCUUGAAAGCCCGGCGGACAUUGAAACGCCUUAGCGCACGAUUUGGAGGCCUCAACUACGAACCGAAGGUUGAUGGGGACUUUCUUGGCUCCCAAAAAGGACGUCGUUUACUCAAUCUUUCUCCUCGAGACAUAAUAAAGACACGACCACCCGCUCAGUUGCCGGAUCUGAGCUACCUCAAUCUGUGUGGGGACUUAAGCUGGUUGAAACCCCUCGGUGAACGACUAGAUGCAGAAGCUGAAGAGCCCCCUUCUAUCGUUUUUGUUGGACCCGAAUUUGAGGAUAUGGUUAAAAGCGCUCAACAAGCUGAGGUUGAACUUCCUCCAAGUUUUUUGGUAUUCAUACAGGAUGCAGAGCUACGGCGACGCGUGCUGUCAUCAAAUGCAGCCUACUUCAGACUGGGUGAAGGCGGCUUGCACAAAGUCCCCGAGUCCUUAGACGGAGGCGCCGGGGGCUAUAUGAUACGUAUCCUGUCUGACCAGCAAGGGUGCUACUUUAUUCACCUGUACCUGGAGCCAGGAAAAGAUGGCGCCCACUGCCUUCUGCUCACGUAUGAUGAUUACUACAGCAGAUACGAUACGGAUGACGAGGACGAGAAAAAUGUGGCCGAUGACGAUAUGGAAGUCUCUCUCGUAGGUGUCGAUUUUGAGGAAUGGCUGGCGAACAUGUACUAUGAGGAGAUGUUAUGGUAUGUUCUCCAUGAUCUUGGCGACUCCUGCGAAGAACUUGAGGCAUAUGUGAAGAAUGUAUUUUUGUAA